AUGACAUUGCCAAGGUUUGUGGUCGUGAAAUCAAACCACAACAGAAAAUUCUUGCGCUACAUAAAAGAUGAUGGAGAGGAGAACGCACCAGCCGGGUUUCUCAAAUUCUCCGAAGAGGAGGCCGGCAGCCAUUACGCAAAGUACGAAGUGGAGACGGCAAAGAAUGGAGGGAAUAAGGGACUAGUCCACAUUAGAUGUUGUUACAAUAAUAAAUAUUGGGUUAGCGUGACGGGAACGCAUAGGUUCGAUAACGAGGUUUUGAUUGUUGCAGGGGCUGACGAACCCGAGGAAGACAAAUCAAAGCCCUCAUGUACCUUGUUCGAGCCGGUGGUCCAAUUUCGGCAUGUCCAUCUCGGAUGUUACGCUGCGUUACACAGCAGCUCCGACGCCUUAGUACUUUAUAGAGGUUCAACCGCAGCAGACGAUCCUAACAAUGAAGAGUCGCACGAUGUGUGCACUGUCGUCAAUUGGGAAUCGCUGGUGAUAUUGCCUAAACAUGUGGUGUUCAAGGGAGACGAUGGUAACUACCUCACAGCCAAUAUGGUCGACGACAACGAUAUGCACAACAGAGGCGACGAAGAAGAUGGGCCGUAUCUCCAAUUUGAUGGUCAUGACGCAUGUGAUCCGGUUGCGGCGAAUGAGAUCUUCAGAAACCCCAACGGAACCUUACAAAUAAAAAACAGUUUCUUCGGAAGAUACUGGAGACUCGCCAAAGACGAGUGGAUUUGGCCGGACGCGUUUAACCCGACCACCCGAGUCAAAAACUACAAGACACAUUGUAUCGGGCGUUCAAGCUUUACUGACAAAGCCAUAGCUCUCAUGAACGUAGGGAACAACAAGUACUGCAAGAGACACACAAGCGGGAUUACUGAUAUUACUGGUAUGUGCGCCAACGUCUCUAAUCUCUCCGUUUAUUCACACCUCCACGUUGAAGAACCUGUUAAGUCAAGGACCAUCUACAAUGUCAGUUACCGCCUCGCCCAUGCCCGGAUCUACAAUUACCAAAAUGACACGGUAAUUGCCGCCGGAGAAGCCGUCAACUUCACCCAAGAAACCACAAACGUAAUACUCAAGUUGCUCUACAGAAGUCGAAUAUUUGCAGUUGGAAUGAUAUCAGUAGAGUUUACUCGAUGA